AUGGCGCUUUACAUUGCAUUUCUGUGCUUGUUCACGGCCCCUGUGGAUGUUUUCUUACUUGAAAACGCACUUCCGUAUGUGUCAUUAAACGUCCGCGCCCUUCAAACGAUGUACCAUGUUUAUUUUGCAGCACUAGCGCUAUUUUUUUUCGUGGGAGCUCCGCUAGCCUAUAACUAUGCCAAGCAGACAGAAAUUGCACAUUUAACGCUCAAAUUCUCCGCUCAAAGUCGAUUUUAUGCUGCAGCCAAGCGCACGGGAUGCUUUCUGCUCGCUCUGAUAUCGACUGGCUCAGACCGCUACUUAAGUUUUCAUCCGAUCCGAGGACUAGCUAGUGUGCCAGUGGUGGGGCUAUUGAUGGAAGACCACAACAUCGAUGAGAACAAGACAACAUUUGAAGAAUUACUACACGAAAAUGCAAUGGAGACACAGGCGACAACACAGACAAGAGAGACAAUUCUGCAGCGAUAUGCCGUUGAACAACAAAUGAGUGGGGCAGAUCAGGAACGAUUGUCGCAGCUCAAAACACGGGAAAAGCUGCUAGAAGAACGUCGUGAUGUACUAAAUGCAAAUUUACGGAAAUUUGCAUCAAUUGGCAAGUUGUCUUGUUGGAAAAUUCCUAUUGGCGUUAUUCUGAUCAUUCUGUCGCUGAUGAUCGUAACUUCAAUACUUAUCACCAGUAUCGACAAGAUGGCACAUUCUGGGUUUGAACAAGGAUUUCUUUUAAAUUCGCCCGAGUUUUUUAAUCCAAUGGAUCUGCUCCUAGUUCUCGCCUCGCGUGUGUUUCCGCUGGACUAUGUUGUGUUUACAGUGUUAUUUGUUUACUUGUUUGCAAUUUCGUUGAUAGUACUCAAGCGUCAUGGUCUCCAGUUUUUAUGCUUUCGACUUGGGCGUUUGCAACCGCGACUGACAAGUGCUGCCACAAUGACAAUGCUAUCGCUCGUGCUGAUGCAACUUGCUGUCAUUGGACUAUUUGCGCUGCUCACAAUGGCACCACAAUACGCAACAUUUGGACAUCAAACGUUUUCAGACGCUGCGGGUCAGGUCGUACCCUGCACUUUGCAGGAGGCAGCAAAAGCUGCAGCUGCUGGUGGUUCUCCGACCCAUUGUCGAUUGACACAAAUGGCAAGGUUUUACAACGGUCUGGCAGUAGAGUUGCCUAUGUUUGGCGCAGCCUUUUUUUUAGGUCAGCUCAUUUUUGCUACAGCUUUUGUGCCCUGGAUUGCACAUGCCUACUGUAUGGCAAAGAAACUGGCCGAUCCAAUCGACUCCACACAUCAGCCGCUAUUAAGUGACUAUCAAGACUAA